GAGUAGUAGUAUAGACAGCGAUCUAUAGUUUUCUCUCGACUACGCAGGUGUUGGUGCACGGAGGCCGUCAAUCGCUCGAGCUGAGCUUGGCGCGAAGAUGGCGGCAGACUGCUGUGUGACACGUGGCAGACAGAGACUCGCUCACGUUAUUGUAGCAGGUGCUUUAAGUGUCGUCCUGCAGCUCCAACUUGCGUUUGCUCUUUACGGCGCGCAAAGCGAUGUCACUAUCCUCACGCCGUCGAACUUCAAAUCAACGGUGUUGAAUUCCAAUCAAGUUGUACUUGUAGAGUUCUUUGCACCUUGGUGCGGCCACUGCAAAGCUUUGGCCCCCACUUGGGAGAAAGCAGCAACUGCUCUGAAAGGAGUGGUGACUGUGGCAGCUGUUGAUUGCGAUCAACACAGAAAUAUCGCACAGGAAUAUGGGAUCCAGGGUUUUCCAACUAUCAAGGUUUUUGGGGCUGAUAAGAAGAAACCGUCAGAUUAUAUGGGCGCCCGGGAUGCCAAGGCCAUCGUCGAUCAUGCACUUCAGCAGGUGAAGGCAAUGGUAUCACAGAGGUUAACUGGCAAGGCUGGAAGUGGAGGUGGGAAGAAAGGGAAGAGCGCAUCUGUGGAACUGACAGACAGCAACUUCAAAGACUCGGUGCUGAAGAGCAAAGACAUCUGGCUUGUUGAGUUUUUUGCUCCUUGGUGUGGACACUGCAAGCGAUUGGAGCCUGAGUGGAAGACAGCUGCAUCAAAUCUCCAGAAUGUGGAGGGUGUCAAGCUUGGAGCCGUUGAUGCUACAGUUCACACGAGUUUGGCAUCAAUGUACAAAAUUCAGGGAUUCCCAACGAUUCUUCUUUUCGGUGCCGACAAGCAGAACCCUAUUCCGUAUGAGGGUCCUCGCACAGCUUCUGGGAUCGAGUCCUAUGUAAAGGAGCAGGCAGCGACAAAGGUUCCCCCGCCAGAAAUUGUGGAGCUUAUCAACCAGGUAAAUGCAGAUUAGUUUUUUCCUCAUCCGAUUCCAUCCGGAUAAAAGGGCCUUUACCCG